AUGGAGGCGGCGGCGGUGGAGAGGAGCGUUGUGUGCGUGACCGGCGCAGGGGGCUUCGUCGCCUCGUGGCUCGUCAAGCUCCUCCUCUCCAAGCCCCAUUACACCGUCCGCGGCACCGUGCGCGAUCCCGAUGCUGACCUCCGACGUAUUGUAGUUCUUGAAUUUCUGAAAAAUUGCAAGGGUUGUGAUGGUGGUGCUGUGUUCUGUGCGUGCCCACAUGCUGCAGGUGAUGCUAAGAAUGCUCAUCUCAAGGCGCUAGAAGGUGCCGGGGAGAGGCUGCAGCUGCUCAGCGCCGACCUGAUGGACUACGGCAGCAUUGCGUCGGCGGUUGCUGGCUGUGAGGGCGUCUUCCAUGUUGCCAGCCCUGUCCCUUCUGGCAGAUCAACCAAUCCCGAGGAAGAAGUUAUAGCCCCUGCUGUAACAGGCACACUGAAUGUGCUGAAGGCUUGCCACGAGGCAAAAGUUAAGCGAGUUGUCAUAGUGUCUUCAUGUGCUGCUGUGUUCAACAAUCCUGACUGGCCUAAGGGCAAAGUAUUUACUGAAGACAGCUGGUCAGACGAGGAUCUCUGCAGAAAGGGUGAGGAUUGGUAUUUGCUUUCCAAAACACGCGCAGAGCGUGAGGCUUUUGCUUAUGCAGCAAAAACUGGGCUGGAUGUUGUAGCCAUUUUACCAUCCUUGGUACUUGGCCCCUUGAUGCAGCCUACAGUGAAUGCGAGCAGUAAAAUUCUCCUUAAAUAUCUCAAAGGAGAACAUGAGACUGUAGAAAAUAGAUUCUGGAAUCUAGUGGACGUUCGUGAUGUCGCCGAUGCUCUUCUUCUGGCAUAUGAAAAUCCAGCGGCAUCUGGACGGUACAUCUGCAGUCCAGUACGAAUAAAAGUCUCUGAUGUCAUAAGCAUUCUGAAGACCUUAUAUCCAACAUACACUUAUCCCAAAAACUUUACGGAGGUGGAAGAAGGUAACGUUAUGAGUUCAGAGAAACUUCAGAAGCUAGGGUGGACCUUCAGGCCUGUAGAGAAGACCCUCGGAGACAGCGUCGAAUCCUACAAAGCAUCUGGCAUCCUGAACUGA